GCAGCAGAUGCAGCCCCCGCCCCCCGCGCCCGGGAACCCCUGGCCUCCUCACCACGCUGCGGCCCAGCCCCCGCCGCAGAGCUACCCGCCUCCGCCUCCCGGACAGGCUUGGCCGAAUCAUUCAUGGCCUCAAAAUCAUGGAUACCCAGGUAUGUUAAUAUAAUCCAAGUCUAUGUUAUUAUAUGUAUAAUUUUACUCGCAGAGAAAACAGUGAGGUAAUCCAAACUAGACUUACAUAGUUUGUGUUGAUACUGAUGUAGAGCAUCGUUAUGAUAUGUGGGUAUUGUAAUGCAAUAUUUGUGUCUCUAUGAAUACGGAUGUUUGUCAAAUAACUAUGAACUGUGCAUGCAACUCAAGUUUCAAAACAUUUAUUCAAUUAUUUAUCAUGUGCGUCACUGUUAUUUGGGUUGGUUGAUUGGUUGGUUACACUGUUUUUCUUUUGCCUGUUACUAUUAAUGCAUGUCCCGUCUUACGUAGCUUGCUUCUGAUCAUUGACUCAAUACUUCUGUACACAAUCAGUCCUUCCCAAGUUGUGUCAUGAUUCUUGGUUUGUGAUGUAACAGAUGCAUUGCCUAGUUACGUUAUUAGUUAAACGACUUAUAAUGGAAUUUUAGUUCGACAUCCAACUUAAAAAAGGCUCCUUGGAGCAGAAAAUUUACUUCUUCUAAUAAUAAAUGGCUAGUUUGUUGUGACGAUUUAAUUUCUAAAAACAAAAUAAACUCGAAGGGCUUGCCAAUGAGGACGAUUGGGCCACAAAGGCAAAGGAAUGGGCUUCUGCUAAAUCUGUUACAGAGAACCACCAGAUUCAGCAGCAUGCCAUUCCAAGUAGAACAGAAAUUCACCAUUAUGGCCACAAUGAUCAGUAUCAGCAACCAGCUGGUCUGCCGACAGAACCUUUACACCCACCAAUUCCACAAUCAAGUAGCGACCAGUUGCUGUUUCAAAUGUCAGGUCAACAGAGGGAAACAAACUAUUUGCAAGGUAACAUGUCCUGUUACUCUUGCUCAUUAUAUGUUACAGAUGGGUAUAUAAGUUUCAGAACAGAUCUGAAGAUGAUAUUGCAGAUAGAGGUCCCAUGGCGCCACCACCGAAGAAUUUUGGUCCAUUUCCAUCCACCUAUGAGCAGGAGGUAAUGGUAAUGCUAUGCUUCAAUAUCCAAGCCCACAAGCUCAGCCAUCUCUGAGUGCUUCAUCAGUUCAAGACGGAUUUCCUCGCGGGCCUCCUGGUGUGCCUGGGCAUGGUUUACAGUCUUAUAGGAUGAUGGCUGAUCCCAGUGACCAACCCUUGGAGUUCAAUGACAGAAAAGCUCCUGAUAUGGCAGUACAUGAGACGAUAAAUAUCAGAUCUAGUGCUCCAACAGCAGUGUCUGAACAUGGCACAACUCCAACAUCAACUCAAUCAUGGGGCCCAUCUGCUCCAGUUGGAUAUUUUCAUCCAGCUCCAGUACCACCACAAGCAUCACAGAUGGAUCCUUCUUUGCAUGCUGGACCACUCUUUGGAGCACUCUCUGGUUCGAGCUAUGUUCCACCUGCAGCAUUUGGUGUUGGUAGUGUAAAUGAAGCAUUCCCUACAGACGCAAACACUCUUUUCAAUGUUGCAGAACGGUCAAAGAAACCUCCAGUACCUAACUGGCUUCGAGAAGAGCUUCUAAAGAAAAAAUCCACUCCAGCGAGUGCUUCAGUGCAGCAUUCGACAAAUUAUGAUUCCAUGGAUUCUGAAGAUGCUGCGGAACCACCAAAAAGAGCUGACCAAACUGAUAGUAGAAGCAUUGGUUCAGCAAAAUCAAUCGUAGCUGAUGAAGCUGAUGAGGAUGAAGUUGAAGAGGCACGGACGGCAGCAAUCAACAAGGAAAUUAAACGUGUCUUGACAGAAGUUCUUCUAAAGGUUACUGAUGAUCUUUUUAACGAGAUCGCAACCAAAGUUAUGAAUGAAGAUGAUUCAUCAGCUGAACCAAAUGAGACCACUGGUGUCUCUAGCUCAAAGGACCUUGGUCUGGGAGAAUCAGAAGUCAGGACCACAGCUAAAGUUGUAGUCCCUGCUAAGCCAAACAAUGUUAGCUCUACUGGUCGUUCUGAUGGUAAUGGGCUAAGUUCUCCUAAAGGUGCUCUUCUUGGUCUUGCUAGUUAUGAUUCAGAUGACGAGGAUGAUGAGGGUGACGGUGAUGGUAAGGAUUUAAUUUCAAAUUUAUCAUCCGAAAUUAAAGUUGAUGCAGCUCAGCCUGAAGAAAGUGAGAACGUUGAUGGUGAACUGCACAAUAAUAGUAACGGCAGUAUUGCUUCGGUCCAAAGUGUUUCAUCCGGAGAUGAUCAUAAAUCCAGUGACAAAAGAUCUCAGAGUAGGCCAACUGCAGAAUCUGAACGAGAGCCAAGUAUUCAUGACACACAGAAUGGAGAAGCCAAAACUUCUAUUCAGCCAAUUGGCGUGAUUCAUAAAACAAAUGAGAAGACACAUGGACAUGCAGAGGUGGAUUUCCAAAAUGGAAAAACCUCUUCCGGCCAUCAUACUGAAAAUAAUAAUAAUAGUAACGCGGAGAGCACUCACAGGCAUUUUGAAAGGAACAAUCAUGAGAAAGAUCUUAAAGAGGUGAAGGUUGUCAAUGGAAAAGACUCUGAGCCUUCUAGAACUGACAGGUUUAGAGAUGGUGACAAGCAUAGCAUGCCUGAAAAUAUUGAUAAAAAAGGCACCUACAAAGAGGAAAAGGGUUCUAGCAGGUAUGCAAAACAUGGGUUGGAUAGAUGGGAUGAUGCCAAAAGAGAUCGGAAGGACCUUCCAAAGGAUGCAAGAGAGAGAAAGAGGGAUUCUGCUGAUAGAAGAGACAUAGGAAAAGAUGGGAAUGACGAUAGAUCAAGGCAAAUUACUAAGAGCUCAGCUAGCCACAGCAGUAGAAGGUCACGGUCACGGUCACCAAGUGGGAGAAGCCGUACUAGGAAUGAGAGUUCUUCACGUGUCCGAGGGAGUGUUUCAAGCGACGAGCCUUCUGAUAAUGCAAAAAGGAGAAAGAGUCAUUCUCGUAAAAACAGCAUGUCUCCCUCACCUCCAAAAUCUAGGAGCAGACGAGUUUCGCGGUCUCCACAUAGCAAGCAUUCUCACCGCAGGCAUUCACCUUAUUCAUCUGCUGAAAGGAAGAAGCGGUCCAGAUCUAGAACUCCGGUCAAGAGGAGGUAGAAGAAACUAGGUGGUUUUGUUUGUUUCAACUAGGGAUGCUUGCCCUUUGUCCUUCCGAUGGAGGAACAGCAUUUGCACGCCCACGAAACAAUGAUGCUGGAUCUGGCUUCCAACAAAGAAGACGACUCGACGACUCACGUGACGGAUGUUGUUCGAAGGAUGAUGCAUGGUGCCCAGCGGAAGAUAUGUCCGGUUUGCCAAUAUUAUUAGGAUAUGUAAUGUUUUGUACAAGCAGCGGACUUCAUAACUUGUAGCUCUAGCGUCCCUUUUAACCAUUUUAUUACCUGUAUUUUGUCUCUGAGGUCAUGUAGUACUAGUGCGCAAGGAGACUGGCCGAGUUUCGUUGGGACAUGCUGCGAUGUAAUUUUGUAUUGUUAUAUAUGCUCAUCGCCAA